AUGAACAAUUAUUCUGAUGCGGUUUUAAAAGCGGCUGAAAUAGUAGGAGAGGAUAAACCUUUAAACGAUUUAGAAAAAAACCGCAUUAAUAAAGCCCCUACUCCAGAAAAAAUUCAAGCAGGUUUAAUUGGCGAUAACAAAAAAAUCGAAACUUAUACCACUGAAACUGUGGUAAAAGGUAAAGGUUAUAAAAAAACUAUCCACAAAAUAGAUCCUUUAAAACAUUUGGCUCCCGAGGUCAAAAAAGCCCAUGAUUUUAUAGUCCAAAAAAUAGAUUUGGAAACUAUCUUAGAUAAUUUUCCUACUGACAACAAAAUUAAUAAAGAUAUUUACGAUGAAAAACAAGUCCCUGAUACGAUUAACUAUGAAGAAAUAAGGAUAUUAAAAGAUAAGCGAAUAGUAGAAUUAUUUAAACAAUAUUUUCAAGGUCAAAAUUCGACUAAAUUAGAUGAUAAAUCAAUUGAACUUAAGAUUAAUUACCAAGGAGAGGAUUUAUUUAAAAAACCUUUUCAAAUUAAUGAUGUUGAGGUCUUAAAAGUCAAAAAAGCGGACAUUGAUAAUGAAAUCGCCAAAGUUGAUAAACUAGUCCAAAAAAUAACCAACUUUAAAUUUUUACGAGAAUUAGAUGCCGAACAAGUCAAUAUUGACAAAACAUUCCAAGAGCUAAAAAGAAACUUAUUACCAGCAAAUAAAGACCAGCAAAUUACUGAUAUAGAUGGAGGACUGGAUAAAGUCGAAUUAGAUGGUAUAUUAGCUAAAAUGAAAGAUAAAGCUUGGGAUGCUACUAAUUAUGAGCAAGCGAAUACUAAGAUAAUAAAUGCUUUUUUGAAGGCUGAUUUGGGAAUAAAAGAAAUGAAUGAGAAAGAUUUGGAUGAGCCUAACGAAAAACUUUACGGCAAAAAUGAUGAUGGAGACCCACAGAGUUGGUUAAUGUCAAAGGGAGGGUAUGAAUUACCCGAUGACAUAGUUAAAUUCGAAGAAAAAUUACCUACUGAAAAAAGAGGUAGUUCUUUACUGAAAUACUUUUACGAAAAAUCAACGGAUCGGAAAAAUCGACCCUUUGACCCACAAAAGUAUAUCCACGAACCCGAUGCCGCCCAAAACUUUUUCUUAGUAAAAUCCAAAGAAAUCGAUGUUAUUGGUGGCGAUAAAGGAACUCAAGGACAUUUAGCGGUUGCGGCAGGAGGAGGAAAAACUACCAAGACCAUGAACUGUAUGGUAAAUGGGGGUAAAGAACAUGUAAUUUUAAUUUGUCCAACUCCUACUUUACGAGUUAAGGUUUUGAGAGGAACUUUAAAAGAAGCUACUCAACAAGAAAUAGAUGAUGGAUAUGCCGAAGAUCAACCAGUAGAAAUUUACGGAAAAGAAAUAAUAAAAGAAAUCAAAAGUAAAUUAGUUUCUAAAGAUGAUACGACAAUUGUUUUUGAUGAAGCCCAUUAUAAUAUCGGUGCUUAUCAGGCUUUACAAUUAAAAAUGGUGCAAGCAGAAUUUAAGGUAGUGCGAAUGUCAGCUACUUUCCCAGGAGUGCCAUUUUCAACUACUUCUACUUAUCCUAAGAAAUCUUUUUACAGUGGGGAAUUAGAUCCAAAAAUGCCUGGCUUCACCAUGAAGAUCGCUAAUGAAAAACAUGCGGAAGCCUUGGCUAAAUUCCGAAAGGUUGAUGUCUCAACGAUAAAAUGGCAAGAUGAAAAAGGGCAAUAUUUACCAGUGCCAGUUAGUUUAGAUGAAAGAUUUAGAUUUGGUAAAACGCUUAUUUUUGUUCGCGACAUAAAUAUUACCGCCGAACAAAGUGCCGUUUUUGGCACUAAAUACUCUUGCGUGGCUUUUACGCCAGUUUAUAAAGAUUUCUGCGAAACCGUUUCUUUUGGAAGACAACCAGGGGCAGUCAUGCUCGGAAAUUUCGAACACCAAAUGGGACUAACUUUUGAAAUAGAUACUGUGAUUUCUACAGGACUAAUCGAAGUUUCUAAUCUUGGUAAGAAUUUUGAAUAUUCGGAAAAAAUGACUCAAUUUAAUCCUAUCUCUUCCGACAUUCAGGAACAAGGACGAGGUGGAAGAAUUCAAAAUGGACUGUGGAUAACUCUAACCAAGGAAUGUCAAGAAAUUAUUGUUGAAGAAGACAUUGAAGCCGCAAUGGUUAAAGCUUGUGGAUUAGCUCAUCCGCAUCGCUUUGGUAAACCCCCAGCCGAAAUUUUAAUUGGCUUAAAAGUUGAUAAAAGUGAAAAAGACCGAGCCAAAAAAGGCGAACCUUUAACUAAAAUUGCUUGGAAAGUUGAAGCUGAUGCCAAAGGAAUGUUUGAACCAGAUACUCCAAAACCUGAAAUGAGAGCCAAUGAUGCUAAAGAAUUAUUAAAAGAAUUGAUUACUAAUUUCAUUGCUAAAGACAAAAACUUCCCCAAAGGCUUAAAUUUAAAAAGUCAAAGUAAUCUAAUUGGGGCAGUUUAUGGAAAAGCUUUGGAAGAAGAGAAAAAAAUAGGUAAACAAGAAAUUGCCGAAGAAAUGAAGAAUGUUUUAAAUGGGGCAAUUGAAAAAGAUAUUAAGAAAUUUAUCAAAGAUAAAGUUUAUGAUGAUAAUUAUCUGCGUUCGAAAGAUCCAAAAGUAAUCCAAGAUAUUGUUAACUUAUACCGCUUAAAUAAUACCAAAGUUUACUUUACUUUUGAGGAAAAUGAAGAAAAGAAAGAAGUUUGA